AUGGUGCGCCAGCCGGAGUGGCUCAACGCGGCGCUGCGGGUGGUGUGGCCGCACUUCAGCAUCGCAGCGGAGCGGCUGGCCACGCGCGGCCACCAAAUAGACCGGCUGCUGAACAGCCCUGGGGUGUGGCGGCCGCGCUGGCUGGGCACGUCGAGGGUGGAGGUGCAGGGCGUGUGCCUGGGGCAGACGCCGCCGCGCGUCACGGCGGUCAAGGCGGUGGCGCAGCAGGACGGGAGCUACGCGGCGCAGAGCCAGCUGGCACUGGAUUGCACCUUCUCCUGGAGCAGCCAGCUGGAGGUGAAGCUGCUGUUUUACUUGUUCCCCGGCGGGGACGGGGAGGAGGAGAGCAGCGGGCGCAAGGCGCUGCACUUCCUGCGCCGCCUGGUUCCCCGCGCUAUGUUCCUCAAGAUCGGGGUGCGGCAGGUGGUGGUGAGCGGCGCGGUGCGCCUCACGCUGGCGCCGCUGCUGGAGCAGCUGCCGGUGGUGGGGGCGGCCCGCCUGUCGCUGAUGGGGCCCCCCGACUUUUCUUACCACACCUCGGUGUUUGGGGGCAACCCGUUUGUGCUGCCGGGGGUGGAGGCGUGGAUCAACUCCUUCAUCCGAAGCUCCCUGCUGGCACCCUUCCUCUUCCCUGGAGGAUACAACCUGCCCCUGCCUUUCGCUCCCGACGAGCCGGAGGGGCUGCUGGAGGUGCAGGUGGUGCAGGCGGUGAACCUGCCUCGCAUGGACUUCUGGGGGGGCAAGGCCGACCCAUAUGUCAGGCUGUGGGUGCGGGAGGCCACCAAGUUCACCACCAGCGUGCGCAGCCGCACGCUCAACCCCACCUGGGACGAGCACUUCACCCUCAUCGUGCACUCCGCUCGCUACCAGGCCCUCACCCUGGUUGUGUACGACUCUGAUGCGCUGCUGCCGGAUGAGGAGGUGGGGCGAGCCUCUGUGCCGCUGGGCACACUAGACCCAAGCCCUGGGGCCAGCGCCGACCUCUGGCUGCCGCUGGUGCGCCCCUACUCACGCCGCAAGGGCCGCGAGCAGCAGCCGUCGGUGCGGCAGCGCGGCGCCUCCGCCUCGCGGCCAGCCGGCAGCAGCGCUGCGGCGGCGGCAGCCGCGGAGCUGGAGGCGGGCAGGGAGGACUCUGCUCGCGGCUGGGGCGGGCUGUUCCGGCGGCGCAGGCGCGGCGUUGCGCCCUCCUCCACGCAGCCAGACCUGCGCCACCCCACCGCCUUCGACCGCCUGGCGGCGCUGCUGCCGGGCAUGCCGGCCCCGGGCCAGGAGGCCGCGGCUAAGAAAGGCCUUCUUUGA